AGCCCUAGAGAAGAUGGACCCAAUUUCGGACUGCAUUUGCAUGCUUCAAAUGUGUCCAGACACAUUCAACCAGUCACAGUUGUUGGAAUUGUUACUAACUACUUAGGACCGGAUAAAAAACCACUCACUGCUCAUCUUCAGGUCACUCAUCUCCUUGGUCGGCGACUUGUUGGACAUCGUCACUGUGCUGAGCACACUGGUGAACCGUUCCUCCUCCUGCCGAAGACGAUCCAGUUGUGGUUCUCGGGCCUCAAGUUCGAUCAUGAAUUGCUGAAUCGUGGCGAAGUGUACACGGACCGGCGUGACAGGGGCAUUCAGAAUGGCAAAAGGUGGGCAAAAAAGAAAUACAUCACAUCAGUUGGCUCGAGGGGCAAUGACAGUCUACGAGACGUGCAUAUGGUCGACAGAGGCAGAAGGCAAAGGAGAGCUGACAAGAGUCGGCGAUUGCCGCCUGGCAUGCACUAG